GAGUGAUUUAGAGCACCCUGCUGUAGAGUGAUUUAGAGCACCCUGCUGUAGAGUGAUUUAGAGCACCCUGCUGUAGAGUGAUUUAGAGCACCCUGCUGUAGAGUGAUUUAGAGCACCCUGCUGUAGAGUGAUUUAGAGCACCCUGCUGUAGAGUGAUUUAGAGCACCCUGCUGUAGAGUGAUUUAGAGCACCCUGCUGUAGAGUGAUUUAGAGCACCCUGACGUAGAGCACCCAGGGUUGGUGACACUACACGAACGUACGAACUGCCUUUUUUUAAGGUAGAUACACGCUUUGAACGCUUGAAAUACGCCCCUUUAGAAGCCAAAUACGCGCUCGUAGACGCUAAGUACGUCACACUGGUCAUAAAUACGCGGGUAUGGAAGCUUAAUGCAUCACAUUGGUUACAGAUACGCGCGUCUAGACGUUAAAUACGUCAAAGAGACCUCAAAUACGCUCGUCUAGACGCUAAAUACGCAUCUCGCGCACUAGAUCAGACCUUGCGCAUCGGACCAGAGGUCUGUACAGCGAGAUCCACGCUCCCUCGCGCACGCCCGCCCGCCCACAAGCCCACAGAUGGAAUCCUGGUCGCGGCGCAAGGCUGGGGUGGCGCAGGCGGUGGGCGGCGUGGUAAAGCGCAGGAAACACGUGGUCCUGGUGGGUCUGGAUGGGUCUGGCAAGACCACGGUCCUUACCAGACUCAAGUAUCGCUGCUACGUGGCCACCACGCCCACCAUUGGCUUCAACCACGAGAAGGUGUGGGGCGGGGGUUACAGGUGGUCGUGCUGGGACGUAGGAGGUGGUGAACGCGUACGACCACUCUGGUCGACGUACACCCGUGCUACUGAUGGUGUUGUCUUCGUUGUGGACUCAGCGUCUAUGGGUGACAUGAUGGAGGAAGCCAGAGUAGAGCUGGCCAGGGUCCUCAAGAAGUCACGGGCAUCUUCGCUUCAGCUGAGCGUUCCUGCACCGCCACUCCUUGUACUGGCCAACUUCCAGGUGAGUACUGCUGAGUACACUGCUACAACACUACCAGGUGAGUGGUGGUAGUACAUCACUGCUGAG